GCUUUCCGUAGAUCAGGGCCUGGGCGUCGUUCGUUGCUACAACCGCUUCGUAGGAAACAAACACCAAACACCACUUGAGCUCAACAGUUCGGAGGUGUCUCUUAUAUAAAACUAAAAACUCAACCUAAACCAUAAAAAUGCAUUCAGUAGACAGUAGCUCGCCAAAGAAGCGGAGCUUUUCUCGGGGAUUAAGCGAGGACGAGUCUCUCCGCAGUAUUAUUAAAGAGACCGAGUCAUCAUCCAGACGUCUGACACGAAGCGACAGCCGAGCAGGCACCCUGAAGAGGAGGAGUGACAGCCAGCAGUCUGAGCAGGAUCUCUUCACGGGACUACCAGAAAUGCUGGAGCUGCAGGCCAGCUAUGACGAAGCGGUGCAGGAGCUGCGUGGGCUGGAGGUCGAGCGAGAGGCUUUGUUGUUCCAGGUGGACGUCCUGCAGGACACGCUGGAGGGGGUUGAAGAGCUGCUGGCUGAAGCCCAGAGGGAAGCUAAAGAGGCUAGAUUGGAGCUGGAACAAGAGAGGCAGGCCAAGAAGAAACUGGAGAACAUGGUUUGCUCUCUCAUGAAAGAGGUGGAGAGAUUACAAAUGGAGCAAAAUAACGAACUGGCUGCUCCAGCGACAGAUGACGCAUCAACACGGGAACACCAAAUCAAAAGUGAUGCCAAGGAAUUGAUUGAAGUUGCACACAGAGAAGAAAAUGAGGCCUCAGUGUGUGAACCUGACAGCACCAGUAGAGGACAGGCAGUGGUGGACGGAGGGGGGCAGGGUGAAGGGACGGAGGACGGAGAAAGUGUCCUGACAAAGCUGCGGAAGAUGGUCAAUAGGACAACGACCCACCUGCCUUCUCUUGCACUGGACAACCUCCUCUCUGAGGAUGGGGUUCUCCAGAGGCCUUGCGAAAACGGACGGGAUCUGUCUCCGGACAGGAAUGACUCAGACAGCGUAAGUGCCUACGAGGACGCAUCUGCCGAGACUCCAGAGCUCGAAGAUGCUUUGGAGCUGUCUGAGGAUAAAGAGGAAAAUCCGACUAACAACCAUCAGGACAUCGAUGGUGAAGAGCCCAAGACCCCUGAUGGCUGCAUUUUGUCUUAACUUGGAUCUUAUUUCUCUACUACUGGGCCAAAGUGGGCCAAAGAUAGCUAUAAGUAAUUGGGUGAAAUUCAAGAGCUCUCUGCAGUUUGCUGUAUCUCUGUAAGAAAACCAGCGGUUAUCAGACUUGUUGUAGUGCAGCAGUGAUUAGUCCACCAGCCAAUCAAAGGACAAUCAGGAGCUGUUUUGAUAAUAAUCCGUUGGUUGUUUCAACUUUUCAAACGUGAGGAUUGCUUUUCUUUGUCGUACAUGACAGUGAAAUAUCUUGGAGGUCUAGAUCUCUGAAGGCAGUUGAUUUAGGAUAUUUUAUCACUAAAUGCUGAAUAGAUUAAUUGAGAAAACGAUUAGCUGCUAGUUCAGUGCACUGUACUAGAAAUGUAAGUUACUGUUUUAAAUUCACAACAAAGGAACUCAGGAUGCAGAGGGUUUACUAGCUAUAUAAUCCACUAAUGACUAUUUUAUGUUAUUUGCCAAUCAUUUCUUUUAAGUCUGUCUUAAUCUGUUCUUUUUUAAAUAUAAGCAUAAACAUGGAAAAUGCUUUCCCUGUUUAUCUCUUUGGUAAUUUUUUAAGGAAGUUUUUUUUGUACGCUAUCAGCUGCCAUGACACAAAUCAGGAUUUAUCUGUAUACACAGUACAGUGAGCUCUGCUGGUAUUUGGGUGGGGUUCAAAAUGGGAUGAGUACAGUCUUGUUUACUUAAAAAUAAGCAUGUUUCCAUCAUGUUCUUUGUAAGCUGCCCUAGUAAAAAGCUGCUUUAAUAAGGUUAAAUGGAGGGAUUCUUCACCUAAGGGAAAAUGCCAUAUAUUUACUGCCUCAUCGGUCUAAUAAUGUACAGUCAUUUCUGAUGUUACAGUCAAGGUUUCCUUUUUUGUUCAGAAAAUUGUAGGGAACUUGAUUUUGGCUGCAUUUGCACUUUUCAAAGCUCUUGUAUUGUGGCAUGUAUUUGUCAGAUUACAUUAGAAACAACAUUCCCUUUACAACCAAACUUAGCGAGAAAUGGUCAGUCUGACCUGCUGCAGACUGUCUGUCUGUCUGUUUGCAUGGUAAUACUGUACAUUUGCACAUUUUUUAGCAGGACAUGCUAAAGGCAGGCUCUUAAGAUGCCUCUGACUGCUGUAAACACUUUAUAUGUCGGUCCAAUCUUUAUAUAAUUUUUUUUUUACUAUGAUGUUUUUGUGGCGGUAGAGGCAACUCAUUAGUAGUUUGCAUGAGCAUCUACGAAUGUAUAUUCAUUUGCAAUCUCCACACAAGUUGAUCAGUUAUCAGUAGGUUUGUAUGCUGAACCUCCACACAUGCAUUAGAUGAUCAUUUUAUCUAAGAUAAGGGUUUUAGAGGAAUUUUAAUUUUGUUUUCCAAAGUGUGAGUUGUUCUUUCAUUCCGCAGUUUCUGAGGUCAAUCCUGUUUUUAGCAAAUUUAACAAGUGAUUGCAGUUUUAAGCACAUCAAGCUGCAAAUAUUUAAGCAUACAUCACCAUACUGAUGAAUAUUUUUUCUAAAGACAAAUGCAGAUUACUAGAUUACAGGUUACGUGUUUGUUAACUUGAGAAUAGGCUGAAGAUUUGCCGUUGGUGUAUUUUGGUUACAUAUCAUAAUUCUGUGGGUUUACUGCAGCAUAUUGAAGUCAAUGCAUUGACUCAUUUGCCUUUCCAGUUUUUAUCAGUCCAGUUUCCACAAGCUAAUGUUGACUCGGACGUGACAUGUUACAUCCCUCGGGUUACUGAUAUUCUUAGUGCUGUGCGGUGGCUCUGUGGUCAGGUCAUAUCAAUGAAUCAUAAACGCUUGUCCUCAACAAUUAAUUUUAUUUUUGAACAGUUUGGUUUGCUGUAAUGAUUCUAUUUAAUUUUAAAAAAAUGUCACAGGUACUGUUUGUUGUUCAGUACAUGGGAGACUUUUGAUAAGUUGUUGUGUUACAUUAUUGCCUUUUUUGUGUGGGUCCUGUAAACUGAUUUAUAUCAAAAUAAAAUAAGUGGGCAAAGCUGA